AGCUCCUUCACCGACCCUCCCCUCCUGUUCGCCCCCGUCUGGCUCCUGUUAAGCAAUUUCCGGGUGUGGCGAUCGUCCCUGCUCUUUCGACCGUAUCAUAUCACCAUGGCCAGCGACCCCUCUCUACAGGACCCCCUGGUGGCCCUUCGCCGGGCCAUCGCAGCUGGCAGUCUUCCCACGCCGACCACCUCCGAUGAGCUCUCAGAUCAGAAUGCCACCGACGACCUGGCCAAGGCCACACAUCUUUACUUCACAACCCCACAGCUACAGACCAUUCCCCUUACGGCGCCAACCCGUUUCGUGUCGAGUUCCUCAGACUCCGCCGUCGACUUGCGCAGUAUAUUAUUCGCGUGGCAGAAGAAGGAUGUCGCAAUCCCCGAAUACAUCGCCUCGGCGCAAGAAUUGAACGAGUCGUUGAAGCAGAAGGAGCGCAAGGAAGGCGAGGGGGAAGAGAAGGUGCAGAAUCUGAUCUUUGUCGAACGGUUGGAUCUCAUCACCUGGCUGGAAGGUGCCUCCGACGAGAGUGAAUACAUCAAGCCCUUGGAGGGUGCCGCAGCGGCGGCCGCUUCGGCAGCAGCUCAGGCCCAGGCCUCUGCCAAUAUCGCUUCUGGUGCUACUGGUGGAGUCUCUACUGUUGCCAGCGGUGCACCCGGAGCCGGCGCGCCUGCCGCGGGGGCUCAGCAAGCGAAGGCCACCAAGGUCAUCGAUCCCAGAUUGCAGGAGAUUUACAACGGGGAGCGAAAGCUGGGAGAUCGCAACAGUGUUUUGCGAGGGAUAAAGCCUACGGAUUUCUCGCAUGUCCGCAAAACCGCAGAGACAUUCCUCGGUCGUAACCGCUCGCGAGCUGGGCAAUAUCCUCCUGGCACCAAACCUGGAAGCAAGCCGCAGGCCAUGAUACCCGCACCAUCGGCCGGUCUCUCUCAGCCCCGAAAAGGCAGCUCCAAGACGCAAGACCCCAUCAUCCUUCUCUCCCCGUCAGCAUCGUCGCUCAUCCGCAUGUCCAAUGUCCGGUCAUUCCUUCAGGACGGUGUCUUUGUGCCGCCUGACCAUCCAACCCUCUCCAUGCCUAGCUCCAAUAUCCUGUACAUCUCACGCCCACUGCGCAUGAACGCCGAUGCGUCUAGCUCCUCUUCUCGUGCUGUGAGCUCACAGGGCUCGUCGAGAAAGCCCACACGCUUCAUUCUUGUCGACAGCACGGCUAACUUCCGACCGGACUACUGGAACCGACUGGUGGCGGUUUUCACGACCGGCCAGACUUGGCAAUUCAAGUCGUACAAGUGGUCGUCCCCUCCAGAGCUAUUCAAGCAUGCUACCGGUGUCUACGUCGGAUGGCGCGGCGAGGGCGUCCCGCGGGAUGUCCGCGGCUGGGGACGUGGCGUCCAAAGUUUUUCGGUCGAGCGAUGGGAUGAUAAGGGCGGCGUGCACGGAGCCGGGCGUUGGCGGGAUCGGGAGGUUGUGGAGGGUAUAUGGACUGCGAUUGAAGAAGGGAUGAAGCUACGUGGAUGGGGAUCUAAAUGAUCUUUUUCUCCUCCUCUUCCUCUAUUCUGUCCUCACCCCGUCGGUCUUUUGUUGCAACACCUCCGGAACGUCUCCAAGGGCAUCGAUCAAGAUACCGAAUACAAGGCCGUGUCGUGUCGACAAGUUCAAAGUCCAACAUCAGAUACCAUCUACUCUCUCGCCCAUCUUUCGUCCUCAUAUUCUCAAUCCAACUUCUCGGUUUUAAUGUUGGCAGGACCGCCUUUCCAACACGACUCCCGCGCCAAUUCUUAUGACCAAAUGGGAUAAUCCAUUUUCGAUCCAAGCGGUCAAGUUCCCCUAAAUCAUGUUAGCCUCACAAUGAUCCGUUAGACCCUCGGAUCUCCCCAAACAAAUCAACUAUCUGCUUGGUUAUAUGCAUGCUGUCACCUAUUAUAUCUUACUAUUACUUCUCUAUCUUUUGGCUUGUGAACGCAGGGCGGCGCAAUGGUGUUUUGUCCCUUUUUUGCCUUCUUUUCUUUGUCUACAGGCGGAUGAAGCACCAUGGGGCCUGUUUCAAACUAUGUAACCUAGAAUCUACCUUAUACUUCCUCGAAUGAUAUGAAAUGCAUACCUAUGGACAUGAUGCCGAAUCCAAAGGGGGAUUACUUGAGAUCUAUCCAAGUAUAGACUUACACAUGUUUUGACUUAAUAAUUGCAUGUCCCCAUAUAUAUAUAAUCAGGAUCAGGAUCGC